AAAGAUGGCAAGGGACGAACGAAUCGCGUGCUAACGCAAAACGAAGGCAGGCGUUACUGGUGUGGUUACAUUUACGACGGCAAACGUGCAGUCACGGUAAUCGACUAUCGCCGGUUCCAUUUUUUUAACGACGACGCGAUGAAUAACAUAUUUUUGUUAAUCAUGUGAAAAGACAAGCAUUUAUGAAGUCAAAAGAGUUUCUUAAGUAGCAGCUCGGAAAACAGGCCCGGCCAAAAACACUCCUUCUUACGAUGUCAAACAUGCGGCGAAGAUUUUUUCUAAAGAGUCUCGCUAUACGACGGCGUGUUUCGGCUAAGAUUUGUCAGUGAAACCGGUGCCAAUGAGCGUGAAUAUAUGGCGGCGCGAGUAUUUUUACUUAGUAUCUUGUUUACAGAAGUACUAAAGCCCGCUUGUGCUGCAGGUGUCAAAGGUAUUGGAACAAGUAUAAAUAAUAGAAAUGUAUCUAAAUCGGAUGGUUCUGAUACAGAUUCAAUAAAAGGUUCUGCUACAACAAUAGAAAUACAACCUAGUGGUCAUGUAAUAUUGGGAAAGAAAGCGAUAACACUUAAUUGUAUAGCUGGUACGAAUCAAAAUAUUUCCUGGUUACAUAAUGGAAAACCAGUGCCACCGUGUGGUUCUACCCGAUGCAAUUUACAACGUAAUGGAUCUCUUCUUUUCAUUAAGAAACAGAAUUUCCAAAAGUCACAAAAGUUCAAAGAAAAAGAUAAUACCAGCCUUAUUAAUAUUAAGAAUCAUAUUAAAGAUGAAUAUCGUUGCAUAACACGUACUGAUUUUGGAGGAUUACUGAGAUCGUCACCAACAUUUAUUGAAAUAGCAGAACUUGCCCAUGUAUUUAAAGAAUCACCAGAGAAUGUAACUGUCCAAGAAGGUGAAGUAGUAAGAUUGUCUUGUAUUAUAGAUAGUGUUCCCUUUCCACCUAAUGUUACAUGGGAGCAUAAUGGAGAAUCAGUUCAGCUUAGUCUUAAUGAUUCAAAAUAUUCAAUGGUAUCACCAGGUGUUCUGUAUAUAAGUACAACACAAUUAUCAGAUGCUGGUUCUUAUAGGUGUGUAGUGACUAAUGAAUUCCUAAAGAAAACCAAAAAAAGUAAAGAGGCAAAACUGACUGUUAUUACUAGAUCAGAAAGUGAAAACUCACAUAAAUCAUCAUCUUUAUUUCCACAAAUGUCAUAUAAUCAUUGGCUACUUAAUGGAUCAAGCCUUAAUUUAGCAUGUGCUGCAUCUGGUUAUCCACUGCCUCUUAUAACAUGGACAUUCAUACCUCGCUUUACAGGUGACAGCAAUGUUCCACAACCUCGCAUUCUUGUUAAUUCUACUACUGGUAUUGCUAUACUAGAAUUAAAAAAUGUAAGCAUUUCUGAUGCUGGCAUCUAUCUUUGUUCUUCAAAAAAUUCAAUUACAAAUGAUUUGGAAAUUCAGAAUAUAACUGUAAAUAUAUUGGUACCUCCAUCAUUCUUGAAAACUCCUACGAAUCAAGUUUGUCCAAAUGGAAGAACUGCAAGAUUUGAGUGUCAGGCACAGGGUUUACCUGUACCACAAAUUUAUUGGCUAAAGGAUUCUCUAAAUAUUACUGUCAAUGGACGUCGAACAACUUAUAUAAAAGAACACAACAAAAUGGAAUUGGCAAUAUCGGCAACAGUUCCAUCGGAUUCUGGUCUAUAUCAAUGUGUAGCUGUAAAUUCAGCAGGAGAAAUAUGGGCUGCUGGUCGGCUUCAAGUAAACUCAUCUCGUAAUAGUCCUGCUGCACCUACCUCUUUAAAAUGUCAUGCUGUGUCCCCAGUUAGAAUUUUUAUUUCAUGGGAACCACCAAAGUCUCUACCGUAUACCAGUAUUACAGCUUAUACCGUCCAUUAUAGCCCUGUUGAAGGUGGUAAAGAAGAAGUUUCUCCUCCUGAACCAGGCAAUUCCACAUCUGUAGAAGUAACAAAACUUCUAGAACCAUUUACAAAUUAUUCUUUUUACGUACGAGUAUGGAACAUAUAUGGCGCUAGUGAUCAGUCUGCCACCAUCUUGUGUUCUACAGCUCCAAGUGUUCCUAAAAGCACACCGAAAAUAAGUAUGAAUGUUGUUAGUAGUACAAAGUUAAAUGUAUCAUGGGAGUCUUUAACAAAAAGGGAAUCUCGUGGUAUUGUGGUAGAAUAUAAAUUACAGUGGAGACUUCAUCAACAUCCAUCGUCUAGAGUACUAUUUUUACCCGCCACCACUGAACAUUAUAUACUUUCUGAUUUAAUACCAGGAGCUAAAUAUGAUGUACGAAUAUUAGCAAGAACAAAACAGGGAUGGCCUAAUUUGACUGAAAUGCAAUUAAAUUGGAGCACUAUAACAAUGCCUCCUCUAGAUUCUAAUGAAUUUAACAUUAGAAAAUUUGUAGACAUGCAAUUAUUAAGUUUCAAGAUUUCAGUAGUUAAAGUCAUCUGGAAAAUAAAUUUGAAAGGAAAUAAUAAAGUCGAGCCAGACUUUGAUUCUUGGCAAAUUUACUGUGAAAAUUCAGAUGGAUACAAAUUAUUAACUGCUGUUAUGCCCCGAAAUGCUACAGAAUAUACUUUAACUAAUCUUGAAAGGAAUUGUUCGUACACUGUGGGUCUUUGUAUGGUAAUUUCUGGCGAAGUAAGAGAUUGUUUAACCAAAAUCAUUGAUAUUACUCAUUCUGGUUCCAGUAAUGUAUUCAUGGCUUUGGAGGCUAUUCCUGUUUCAUCUACCUCGAUACAUGUGACAUGGACAGUAACUGAAAUGCAUAGUGUACAUUCCUUCGAACUUUGCUAUCAUGCAGUUCAUAUAGAAAGUGUUGAAGCAUCCAAAUGCAUUACACUAGAUGAUACCAAGAUGACUGUUGAUAAGUUGAAGCCAUUUACUUUGUAUCAAUUUAAAGUGAGGAUGAUACGACAUGAAAAUAAUCAAAGUAACAUUUACAGUGAAUCUGUUGAAUGUUAUACUAAUGAAGAUGUUCCUGGAAAAGUUGAGGAUAUUCAGUGGUUUUUGGGCAAUAACACAAAAGUUCGUAUUGCAUGGAAAGAACCAAGUAGUAUAAAUGGAGUGAUACAAAGUUAUUUUGUUGCAUAUACCAUGAAUUUAAUGAACUCUACUGGCACUUGGGGAAAUGUAACAGUUCCUGGAAAUAAAACAUCAACUACACUUCCAGGUUUAGUUCCAGGAAAACGGUACUUUGUAAUUGUACAAGCAGCUACAAAAGCAGGUUAUGGUAAACCAUCAGAUCCUAUAAUCAUUAUCACGGGUGGCAAUAUUGUUAUAGAAUCAGAUAAACAGAAGCCACCGCAAAAUAUUAAACCUGAUCAAAGUCUAGGUAUAAUUCUGGGUGUAAGCAUAAGUAUAGUAUUCAUAACAAUUUGCUUAUGUAGCAUUUAUUGCCGAAAUAAAUGCGAGAGUUCUAGAUCUUUAAGAGAUGGUGCUCAACCUCUAAAAGGACGUAUUUUGGUGCGAAAUGGAAACGGUUGUUGUAUCGAAUCUACAGCUCCUGUGAAUCAGCAAAUGAAUGUUACAGUUACUUCUAAUGAAGUUGAACUUACUGGCCUCUGUCCAUCUUCACCAGUUACAACAAAUCCACAUUCAGAUACCAAAGGAGGACAUUCCAAUGGUGUUGUGGAACCUUGUGUAAAGGAACCAUUAUUAUCACCUUGGGAUGUAAAUGGAGAAUCAAAGGAUAUUUGUCUUGCGGAAAACCCUCAGUACAAAAGGCGUGAUAGUACCGUUUUAAGAAAAAAUGAAGAAGAAAACCAAGAUUUGGAUGAUACACAGUUCACUAUGGUCAAUUGUACUUUAGACAGUAACAGUGGCAGCCUAAACAAUAAUUCAGGGUGUCCGGAUAAUGAUAUAUCAUCAGAAAACGUUACCUGUACAUCUAUUCCAGUACUUGGACCAAAUGGAUGAAUACGCUAACGACUAAUCUUGGCUGUUCGCAUUUUCAUGAAUUGGAAUACAGCAGGUAGGAAUAUGACGUUAAUUUAAAAAGCCUGUUACAAAGUUGUUGCAAAUGAGUAGAAUCAGAUAUUAUGAAAGCAAGAAAAGUCAAAGCUUAUAAAAAAGUAGAGAGGAACGUAAGUUAAGAAAUAAAAGUUGAUACAGUUCCAUAAGAUUUAUAUGACAUAUAUCAUAUGAUUCUCUCAAAAGAUAUCGUGUUUGAAAAAUAGUACUCAAUUAAAUUUUCAAAUAAUAAUAUUAGUACUACAAAUAUAGUACUACAGACAAAAGUAAACUUGUUAAAAAUCCAGGUUUUCUUAUUUACAUUUAUGAUUAAAAAUUGAAAAUUCUUGUAAAUUAUUUUACAUACGAAUCAAGUAAUAAGAUCUUUGUAAUCAAGUUUUCAAUUUUAGAUAUAUAUGGAUACUUAUAUAUGUUUAGUUACAGUCAACUUUACAUCAUGGGUAUUAAUCUUUAGGUAUCCAUACUUAAGUCCACAGUUUAUACAAAUAAUGAUAAAAGUGUACUUGUUUUCAUAAAUUAUUUUUAACAUGUAAAAACGAAAAAGUGUUUAUACGAAUAUUUUGGAAAUCGUUCCUUAAGUCAAAAUAUGACAACAUGGACUUUGAGUGUAUGUACAAUGUAAUAUAUGACAUUGGAAUACAUAACAUAGAACAACUAAUAAAAAAUAUGGUAUGCACACAUUAUGAUAAACAAACUACGGCUGAUAAAUAGCAUUCAGCAGUGUAGUAUAAAAUUUUUUUGCAAAAAUAUUGAAUUUAAAUAGAUAAAAAAACUAUAUAUGGAAUAAUAAUGCAUUGAAUAUGAGUCCAUAAAUACAUUAAAUGUCUAAGUGUGCAAGGCCUAUACAAUUUUAUAAUUGGCUGGAAAACUAACAAUGUAUUUCUCUUUUAAUAAUGAUUAUACUAGCCAUUCCAUGAUUUUAUUUUUUCAGAUAGUUAAACAUAAAAAAAUAUGAUACAAAUUUCUUAGCAUUAAGAACUGAAAGUAGAGUAUAAUUUGAUACUAUACAUGUGUCAAAAUUAGUAGAUAUAAUUUUUUUACUUUACUUUUUUUCAUGAGUAUAUAGAUAGUAAUUAUAAAGUUAUGAUUUAUAAGUUGAAAAUUCGCUAUUCAAAUGAAAUAAGAAGUCGUAAAACAAAUGACAUUAACAAAUUAAAUAAUAAAUUAAAUGCUUCACAUUACAAAAGAUUAUAUAGAAUUCACAUCAGUAGAAUCAAGUAAUUUUUACAAAUCUUUAACAUUAACUGUAGAUUUUCUUAUUUUGAUAUAUUUCAAAGUUUCAGAAAUCCUCUGAAUGUAAAAAGGCAAGUUUAAUAUUGUAAAAUAAGAUGAGUAUUACAAAUGAAUUUAUACAUUAAUUUAGAUACACAGAACAAUUAUAUAAUAGAUCCUCAUUGUGAACGUCCUUUGUGUCUCCAAAAUCUUUAAAAGAUUCUCCAUAAUAACAACUUAAAUAAUUGGGCGAUUGUAAAUGAUUCUUACAUUUUUAAUAAUUUUUAUAUUAUAUUUUUAAUUAUAUGAAAAUCAUUUAAAUUGUUUUAAUUGAUCAUUGUAUUUUUUAUUUUUCGAUAUAUUAACUUAUAGUAUAUAACGGAAAUUU